AUGUACUGGUGGGCAGGUAUUGUCCUGGUGACCAGGGAUGUCCUGGUGACUGGGGACGUCCUGGUGACCAGUGAUGUCUUGGUGCGAGGCCCCGGCCUGGGCGUUGUCGGCGUCUCCAAAGGAGCGGAGGUGGCCCUGGCCAUGGCCGCCUUCCUGCCGCAGGUGGUGGCCACGGUGUGGAUCAACGGCACGGCCUUCCUCCACGGCAACCCUCUGGUCUACAAGGACCUCCGCAUCCCCCCCAUCCCCUACUACACCGAGCGCGUCAUCUUCACGGAGCUGGGGGCCUUGGACAACUCGGCCAUCUUUGCCGACCCCCGGGACCCCGCCUACGGUGCCUCGGCCAUCCCGGCCGAGAAGAUCCGGGGCAAGGUCCUCUUCGUGGUGGGGGAAUCCGACCGCAGCUUCAACAGCAAGCUCUUUGCCGAGCUGGCCAUGGCGCGGAUGCCGCUGGAGAGCUGCCGUCUGCUCUCCUACCCCGGGGCCGGGCACCUGAUCGAGCCCCCCGGCUCGCCCCUCUGCAGCAUCUCCAGCAUCCGGGGCACCCCGAGACCAGUGGUGUGGGGGGGAGAAGGGUGCAGACCCCAAACCAGCCCGGGCUCCUACACCCUGGGGCUCAAAACCAGCCUGGGCUGCUGCACCCCGGGGCUCAGACCCAGCCAGGGCUCCUUCACCCAAGGGUUCAGACCCAAAACCAGCCCGGGUUCCUACACCCUGGAUCCCAAACCCAGCCAGGGCUCCUUCAUCCAGGGGUUUGGACCCCAAACCAGCCCGGGCUGCUGCAUCCCGGAGCCCAAACGCAGCCAGGGCUCCUUCGCCCAGUUCAGACCCAAAAUCGACCUGGGCUGGUGCACCCUGGGGCUCAAACCCUACCAGGUCUCCUUCGCCCAGGGGUUCAGACCCCAAACCAGCCGGGCUUGGUGCACCCCGGAGCUCAGCCCCGACCAGGGCUCCUCCGCCCGGGGCUUGUGCCUCAAAACCAGCCUGGCUUGA